GGAAGAAUUCAAUCUAAAUCAAUCAUGCCUCAACUGGAUAAAUUCACUUAUUUUACACAAUUCUUCUGGUCAUGCCUUUUCCUCUUUACUUUCUAUAUUCCCAUAUGCAAUGAUGGAGAUGGAGUACUUGGGAUCAGCAGAAUUCUAAAACUACGGAACCAACUGGUUUCACACCGGGGGAACAAGAUCCGGAGCAAGGACCCCAACAGUUUGGAAGAUAUCUUGAGAAAAGGUUUUAGUACCGGUGUAUCCUAUAUGUACUCUAGUUUAUUCGAAGUAUCCCAAUGGUGUAAGGCUGUCGACUUAUUGGGAAAAAGGAGGAAAAUCACUUUGAUCUCUUGUUUCGGAGAAAUAAGUGGCUCGCGAGGAAUGGAAAGAAACAUAUUCUAUUUGAUCUCGAAGUCCUCAUAUAGCAUUUCUUCUAAUCCUGGAUGGGGGAUCACUUGUACUUGUAGUAAUGACAUAAUGCUAAUCCAUGUUCCACACGGCCAAGGAAGCAUCCCCUUCUUUACCACUUUAGGGGGUGGGGGUGAAGGGGGGGUUUACAUACAACCGAGUCUCCGUUUGUUUUAUAUGAUUGAAUCUCAGAGGCAUUCUUAUCAUUUGGUAGAUCCAAGUCCAUGGCCUAUUUCGGGUUCACUCGGAACUUUGGCAACCACCGUAGGAGGUGUGAUGUACAUGCACUCAUUUCAAGGGGGUGCAACACUUCUCAGUUUGGGCCUCAUAUUUAUCCUAUAUACCAUGUUUGUAUGGUGGCGCGAUGUUCUACGUGAGUCCACGUUGGAAGGACAUCAUACCAAAGUCGUACAAUUAGGACCUCGAUAUGGUUUUAUUCCGUUCAUCGUAUCGGAGGUUAUGUUCCUUUUUGCUUUUUUUUGGGCUUCUUUUCAUUCUUCUUUGGCACCUACGGUAGAGAUCGGAGGUAUUUGGCCCCCAAAAGGGAUUGGGGUUUUAGAUCCUCGGGAAAUCCCUUUUCUUAAUACCCCUAUUCUCCUUUCAUCCGGAGCUGCCGUAACUUGGGCUCAUCAUGCUAUACUCGCGGGGAAGGAAAAACGAGCAGUUUAUGCUUUAGUAGCUACCGUUUCACUGGCUCUAGUAUUCACUGGCUUUCAAGGAAUGGAAUAUUAUCAAGCACCCUUCACUAUUUCGGAUAGUAUUUAUGGUUCUACCUUUUUCUUAGCAACUGGCUUUCAUGGUUUUCAUGUGAUUAUAGGUACUCUUUUCUUGAUCAUAUGUGGUAUUCUCCAAUAUCUUGGUCAUCUGACCAAGGAGCAUCACGUUGGCUUUGAAGCAGCUGCAUGGUACUGGCAUUUUGUAGACGUGGUUCGGUUAUUCCCAUUUGUUUCUAUCUAUUGGUGGGGGGGUAUAUGAAGGAACGAAACAGUGGAUUGAGGAAUGAAAGCUCGAAGACAAAGAGAACCGGGCUUUUCCAAAGAAUUACUGCAGCUUUGCUGCUCCCUUUUUUUAUCAUAUACAAAAAAGUCUCUUCCACUUUCCUACCAAAUCUCUCUUUAUUCUGGCAUAUAAAUGAAGGGAUCGAAGAGAUUAUGGCAGAUUAUGUUCACCAAGAAAUGACCCGAAAUUGGAUCUUGGUCUAUUUGAGAUUGUUCCUUUUAAUCGUAAUCAAAGAUGUUUUCUUGUCUCUCGUUUCCUUCUGAAUAAAUCGAAGAACCUAAUGGAUCGAAC